AUGAAACACAAUAACGCAUUAAGUACCGGACACUACAAAAAGACUUCUCUGAGAUUCAAGACCUGGUUCCACCAGCCAAUCCAGAAAAAGCUUAGAAGCCAGAUAAGAAAGGAGAAGGCACAGAAAAUAGCUCCAAUGAACGUAGAGCUGCUUAGACCCAUAGUCAGAGCAAACAGCAGAAGAUACAACAUCAAGCAGAGACUUGGAAGAGGAUUUUCCAUUGUUGAGGUAAUGCAGGCUGGAUUAGACGUAAAGAAGGCAAGACAGCUGGGAAUCUCAGUUGAUAUGAAGAGAUACACCAGAUCCGUUGAGUCUCUUAACCUUAACGUAGAGAGAAUCAAGGAGUAUUUAUCAAAGAUCACCGUCUAUGAAACAAAGAAGGAGGCAAUUGAAGCAGGAGCAGUACAGCACAAGACUACCAUCAUGCCAAUAGAAAAGAAGAAGAUUGUUAUUGAGUCUAUGCCACUGUCUGAGGUCAAGCCAGAAGUAUCUGCAUGCGACGAGAUGUUCAAGCUGAGAGAGGAGACCAUCAGAAUGAAGUCUUGGAAAGAGAAGCACGGUCUUUUAAAGCCACUCAACCCAAAGCACAGACAGGAAGCUAGCAAGUAAAAAAUCAGUUCAAUUCGUGGUUUUAUGUGCCAGUGAUGGACAGGAGUCAGACAAGGGCGUCUGAAUCAAUCAGUGGA